CUCUGACGUCACCGCCGUCUGACGAUCAUCCGAAAUCCCCGAUAACGCGGUGAUGCGCGCUCCCGUCCAGCUCCGAAUGGGGGUCUGAGUCCAGCUCCUGACAGCGAGCCCAGUCCAGCAGUGAUACCCGGAGACGGAGUCAGGUGUCCGCCCCCCACCCGAACCCCCCUCCGCUCCACCGGUGCAGUCCCCGUUCAUUCAGGUAGUGCGCUCGUGCACCGACAGUCCCAACUAGUUCGGUCCAGAGUACCGACUCUUCUCUUUUUCUUUUUUUCUUCUCGCUUGUUCUUCCCCCUCUCGGGAAGUUAGAAGUGCACCGACGGGCGCAGCUGUCUGUGUCUGCCCGGGAAUGAGAGAUGAUGGCCGGCUCUGCAGCAGAGGAGAAAACCUUCCGCCGGUUCCUGGAGCUCUUCCUCCGGGAGAUGAGAAUGCCUCUGCAGGAGAGCGACCCGCCGCCGAUGCGCCCGUUGUCGGACCUGCUGACCGACGACGAGGUGGAGGGGGAAUGCCUGGACCUGUGUCUGCAGCACCUCUACAAAUAUAACUGCCCGUGCUCUCUGGCUGCAGCGCUGGCCAGAGCCACAGCCGACCGCCUGCUGCAGACCGACCUCUCCAUCCACCACCUCAACAAGCCUGUGGAGGAAGGAGCUGACCCAUUACCACAGAUGGAGUCGGUGAAGCUCGCCUGGCUGGUGUUCAACAGGCUGUUCGAGGUGUGCUGCCUCUGGAUGGAGGAGCUGCCGUUCCGCCGCCGCCCUCAGCCGUACUACGAGACCUCGAUCCACGCCAUCAAGAACAUGAGGCGCAAGAUGGAGGACAAGCACGUCAUCAUCCCCGACUUCAACACGCUCUUCAACCUCCAGGACCAGGAGGAGCAGGCUUACUUCGGGGUGUUUGACGGUCAUGGCGGUGUGGACGCCGCCGUCUACGCCGCCAACCACCUGCACGUCAACCUGGUGCAGCAGGAAUGUUUCAUCCAGGACCCGAUCGAGGCGCUCUGCAGGGCCUUCAGGGCCACGGACCAGGGCUUUGUGAAGAAGGCCAAGCGAGAGCACAUGCGAUGCGGCACGACGGGCGUGGUGACGUUCCUGAGGGGCCGGACCCUCUACGUGGCCUGGCUGGGGGACUCGCAGGUCCUCCUGGUGAGGAAGGGACAAGCUGUGGAGCUCAUGAAGCCACACAAACCAGACAGAGAGGACGAGAAGCAGAGGAUCGAGGCUCUGGGCGGCUGCGUGAUCUGGUUCGGCACAUGGAGGGUUAACGGCAGUCUGUCCGUAUCCAGGGCGAUAGGCGACUCGGAGCACAAGCCGUACAUCUGUGGCGAAGCAGACCACGAUGUCUUCCCAUUGGACGGUUCAGAAGACUACCUGAUCCUGGCCUGCGAUGGCUUCUGGGACACGGUGAAUCCGGACGAGGCGGUGAGCGUGGUCAGCGACCACCUGGAGGAGAACACCGGCGACACCACCAUGGUGGCCCACAAGCUGGUGGCCUCGGCGCGCGACGCGGGCUCCAGCGACAACAUCACUGUCAUAGUGGUCUUCCUGCGGGACCCGCGCUCGCCACUGGCCGCCGGCGCCCGGGACGAGGAGGAGGGUGCGGCGCAGGUGGAGGCUGGGGAGGAGGAGGUCGCGGAGGAAGACGAACAGGACGAGGAGGAGGAGGAAGACGAGGCCGUCGGGGUGGAGCGCGACGGCGGCAGCACCGCGGACAUCGGGGGGAAGGGCCGCGGCGGCUGGCCCGUGCAGCAGUGCUCUGCCCCCGCCGACCUCGGCUACGAAGACCGAACGGACUCCUUCACGGACAGAACUAGCCUGGACCUGAUGGGGCCGUCGCUGGAGGGCCGGAUCUCCCUGGUUUCACGGCAACCCUGCACCGACUUCAGCCCCGACCUCUUCACGGCCUGCCGCGUCUACCGAGAAGAGCGCCCGCCGAGGCGCAGGUCCUGUAUCACCUUUCAGGAGCCCGGCGUCUCCGGCUCUACGGACCCGCUGUGGCCCCGGGCCGCCGCGCUGUUGGGCCGCGCGGCGAGGCGAGGCCGCAUGCUCGGUCCCGGGAGUCGCCGGUGGGUCCGGAGGAGGCCGGGCGCCUCCAAGCGGCUGCUCGGUCUGUUGCCGGCCGGCCAACUGCUGCCGAACACGCAGCGCCACGCCGACCGGAGGCCCGGGGUGGCGGCGCCCCACCUGCCCCACGACACCACCUUCUAAAAAGAGGUGACCCAAACCAAAACCAUCUCCUCACCCCCCCCCCACCCCCCCCCCCCCACCCACCACACCCCCACUGAAACACAAGCCCUGCAGUUCCCUUUGAACACACGUUUAAGAUUAAUUCAUGUGCUCGGUUCUCGGGUUCGUGCAGCGACAAAGAUUUGAUCUCACCACUUAUUUAUCUUAUUUAGUAUAUUACUGGACACCUGAACCACACACACAUACACGUGAUAGCUGAACAGGUCGUUCCAAAACCAUUAGGUUUCCUUAUGAAGCUGACCGAUACUGGAUUUUUGUACAGUAUAUAUGUACAUAUAUACAUGUAUAUAUACAUAUAUAUAUAUAUAUACCUUCACCGGAGACCAAACUUAAAAGUACGCUCAAUACUUUCGUGUACACGCAGAGCGACGCACGUUAAAUUAAACUCGUGGCGUAACGAUCCCUCGUGGCAGACGAAGUUUACUGGAGGAGGCCGGAAACAAUCGUCCUAGUUUUUGGGACGCGUGCCGACCUCCAUCCAUUCGGUGACCUCUGACCUCGACGUUAUCCAGCCGCAGUUGAUCUGCAGAUAAAAAGCUCUUAACGUCGGAUUAUAAAAAGAUUAUCAGUCACUCACCUGAAUAAAUGCUUCACCCAGUAUUCCAGAUGGGGAUAUACUCCUGAGUGGAGGGAUACUUAAAAAUAUACAUUUUGUCGUCGGGCCGCAGAGCUUUUGCAAAAGUACUCCCAAGUGUAUUUAGUUUUCGGACGUAUUUUCCAGCAGGCUUGAUAAGUGCAAACUAUUUAAUGUUGAGCCGGGAUAGUUGACAGCUGCAGGACACGUGCCUUCCAUAUGUGUGACUAAAGCCCGCAUCUUCACUAAUUAAUAUAUGUGUUAAUAUUAACCAUUAAAGACUUUCGUGCCACGUUAAAGAAACAGUUUGCCGUCUAUUGAUUUAGUUUGAUUCCACUCUCAUGCGUCAAACUUAUCGGCAAGUAAGUGAAUAUUUCCCGACACGUCCUUUAGGUUUCAGAUAACGUGAAGAUAAUCUGUAAAUAAAAUGGCGGCGUGGACGACCGCAAACAUCCCGAGUCAUCAGUUACGUUAGCAAAGCUUCGUGAGGCUGCACUCAACAACGGACGUCAUGGCUUCAUGUACCCAACUCCUUAAUGCUAAUUCAUAAUCAUAAUUAACUAAUGUAAUACUGAUGUAUAUGAUAUUAAAAAAAAAUAAUAAUACUAUGUCACCCAUAUUCACUUGGUGAGACUGAUCUGUGCUUAAAACACACACAGUGGCAUCAUUACUGUAUCUAACCAUAUUUAAUGACUAAACUAGCUUUACUAAACAUUUGCUAUGAAACUAUGAAAUCAUAAUUAACCUCUGACCCCUCGUGAACCCCAACGUUCCUAACUCUUGAUUGUCCUUUGCAAAGUACUAAACAAUGCUUCGGUUGCCUCUUAAUGUUAUAUAUUUAAAUGUGUUGUGGGAGCAAGUGACUGUUCUCUAAACCCCGCCCCCUUUCGUUUGUCAGGCCUACCAAUCUAGUAGCACAUUUAGCUACGAAUCAAGAAUUGGCGCUAACUGGUUUUCAAACAUCGGGUCUUUGUUUCUAGCCGGCAAAAAACGCCACAUUUUGCUAAAAUAUGUUAGCUAGCUCGCCGACUGCCGUUUGCUCCGGGAGUCGAUUGAAAAGUAUUCGGUUGACUUUGGAGUCUUAAAUGUUCCCUUUGUUCACUACUCUGUGUGACACCACGCUAAAAGACUGAGGGUACAGCUACAUGUGGCCGACGUGUCGUUUUCAAAGUCCUAAAGAAAUGCUUUGGUUGCCUCUUCAUGCUAUUUAUUAAAAUGUGUUGCGUUAGCAAGUGACUGUUAGCGUGUUAAGGAGUCUUAAAUGAUCCCUUUGUUCACUACUCUGUGUGACACCACGCUAAA